AUGGGGCUCUUGAAGCAAAUGGAGGGCUGGAGGCUAGCAUCGUCGAAGUGUCCAAAACUACUGGCACCGCUGUCGUGCGACGCCGUCUUGGCCGUUGCGGCCGUCGCAUUCGUCGCACUUGCUAAUGCAGGAGUCGCCAGAGCAGGCCGGCCGCAACCUCGAAUUCUCCUCUCCAGCACGCAAACUGCGACGAUUAUCAUCUCGGUCGUGGUCGGGCUGCUCGUCGUAGCGCUCUUCGCGCUCGGAAUCAAGAUGCUGCUCGACCGAACUAAAGCAGCGUCGUCAGAUGACGCCGACGCAGCCGCAAAGGCCACCACCACCACCACUAUCACCACUCCGCGCAGCCUCAGCAGCGGAAGGAUGAAGCCCCGGAAAGGCGCGGUGCACGUGGUGGGCGGAACGGACGACGACGAGGACGCGGAAAUCCCGCGCGCGCGCGCGGAGAAGUGGUCGCUGGCGGACGUGGCGGAGGCCACGGCGCAGUUCGCGCAGGAGCGCGUGAUCGAGGCGGAGGGGCAGAGCGUGGUGCUGCGCGGGAGCGCGCGCGACGGGCGCGACGUCGCAGUGAAGCGGUGCAAGCAGCCCCAGCCCGAGACCCAGGCGAUCUUUCUCCGCGAGGUGAUGCUCCUCACGACUCAUCGCCACCCCAACCUGCUGCCCCUCGUGGGCUACUGCGACGAAGGCACCGAACAGAUCCUCAUUUUCGAGCACAUGAAGCACGGCUCGCUCGCUUCCUGGCUGCGCCCACCUGUAGAUGCCGCUGAGUCCCGGCCUCCACUCACGUUUGAGCAGCGGGUGAGGAUCGCUGCUGACGUGGCACGUGCUGUGGAGUUCCUGCACUCGCAGCCCAAGCCAAUCGUGCACAAAGACAUCAAGACGGAGACCAUCCUGCUGGACGACAAUUUCAACGCGAAGCUGGGAGGGCUAGGGACGCGCAAGCACCUGCCGGGGGAGUCGAGCCGCGUGCGCGUGCAGCGGAGGAAGGGAUAUCUGGACCCUGAGUACUGCCAAACCUUCGUCGUCACUGCCAAGGCCGAGAUCUUUGCGGUUGGAGUUGUCAUCCUUGAGCUUAUAACGGGUCGGCCACCAGUGGUGGAAGAAGAGGUGGUAGCCAAGGCGGGCCGAAACACUGUAAAGAUUGUUACGCUUGCCCAAUGGAAGAGCCUCUUUCACCGCGGCAAAAUAAAAAGCCGCGCUCUCCCGCCCCAAAAGCCUCCCCUCGUGCAGGCAGGGCGGCACGGAGAUCCCGAGGCUCGUCGCUGGGCGGCGGAGAGUCCGAACCAGCGCACGAGUACACUCGUCGGCCCGAGCCAGACUGCGAGCUUCGGCAGCCAGGGAGGGACGCCUGGGAGCGUGCAGAUAGCCGCGACUCUGCUUCAAUUCUCUUAUAACGAGUUGUUCGAGGCUACUAACGGGUUCAGCAGGGAGGGGAAGCUGGGGGAGGGCGGAUUUGGGAGUGUACACAAAGGGAGGGUGCAUGUCGGUGGGGGGAGGAUGGAGGAAGUUGCUGUGAAGGCGCUGAAUCAGGAGGGCUACCAGGGCGAGGCGGAGUGGGUGACCGAAGUGAAGUACCUGGGGGCGCUGGGGCAUCCGAAUCUGGUGCGGCUGGUGGGGUACUGCAUGGAGGGCGAGCACCGGCUGCUGGCAUACGAGCUCAUGGAGUAUGGCAGCUUGGAGCGGUACCUCUUCCGCCGCAACGUCACGCCUCUCCCUUGGAAUAUUCGUAUGAAGGUGGCGCUGCAUGCGGCCAGGGGGCUGGCCUAUCUGCACGAGGAGACAGAAGCUCAGGUUAUCUACAGAGAUUUCAAGGCGUCUAACAUUCUCGUGGAUAGGGAGUUCAAUGCAAAGCUAUCAGACUUUGGUCUGGCCAAGGAUGGCCCGGUGGGCAGCGACACGCAUGUGUCAACACGGGUCAUGGGGACGUAUGGAUAUGCUGCUCCCGAGUACAUGCUCACAGUCCUUCUAGAGGCGCCUCCAAAGCCCCCUUUUUACCUCCUUCUUCCCCUCACCCCCACUUUCCCCCCCCCCUCCCCCCUUCUCCUCUCAGGUCAUCUGACCGCCAAAUCUGACGUCUACAGCUUCGGCGUUGUGCUUCUAGAGAUCAUCUCCGGGCGGCGGGCAGUUGAGCGAAACUUUCCGCCCGGGCAGCAGAACAUCGUGGAGUGGUCCGCGCCGUUCUUUGCCGACCGUCGGAUGCUCGUGAAGAUCGUCGAUCAACGGCUGGAGAACCAGUUCUCAGUGAAAGGGGUGGUUAAAGCGGCCAGGCUGGCUUAUAACUGCCUGAAAAAAGACCCCAAGGAAAGACCCCUCAUGUCUGAUGCUGUUCAGACGCUCUCUGUGCUUCAGAAUCUGACAGAUUUCCCCCCACCGCUACCAGCAGUACCACCAGCACCGUCAGCACCAUCAGCACCAUCAGCAUCACCACCGUCAGCAGCGGCAGCAGCACAGGCUGGCAUAUGA